AUGCGGUCACAUUUCAUUGAAGCGUUUAUUCCUGAGACUCACUCCAAACAUGAGCAGUUGUCUCGGGAGAUUCAGCACGUGCGAGUCAGCACCUCUGCUGAGGUAUCCUUGACACAUACUCUGAAUCCUGGAGCUAGUCAGGUCAUUGGCCGGCCUGAACGCAGCCUUGUAGCAUACUCAGCGAGUGGGAACAUUUUUCAGGUGUUCAUCGCCGAAGAAUGCGACGUCUCAAGAUUACCCAUCCCCGAGAUUGUUGAGAUGCGAUCUGGCCAUUUCGAAAUCAACGACCCCGCCCACUUGGGGCCGCUCUAUACGCUGUUCAACGAAAAUGUGUACAGCAAGAUUCAAAAAGCAUUCGCAAGGCAAGGAUUUGACAUCUGUGAUGCUACCACGCAGUUGCCCUCAAUCAAGCGUUACCACAGCAGUUUGGGCUCGAUUCCCUGCCCUUUCAACUAUGAUUUCAACUCAAAUGACUAUGACGACUCAGAGCCGUACUUCGGGAUCCACCACCAACGGCCAUUGAAAAGGGGUGGACGGGAUGAUGUGCCUACUUGGUCGAGCAACGAUGAAGACAGAAGACUUCCAAUUCUGUACUUUGCUGACGACUACAUGACGUCGGAGGGAGAAGACGAAGGGGAGACAGCAGUUAGGAGCCCUAGACAUCACUGCGAACGCAUGAUAUCGCAGCUUUUUGAGAAGAACCUGGGCCGAGCUUAUAAUCCGGUCAAGCACUGGACAAGCCCCCUCCGGGAACAGAACGCUCUUGCAGAUCACCAAAACGCGUCACCAUUCACUCUGAGUGGCUCAGGUCUGUCUGAUCGCGUCACUGAUUUCCUCAUGGAAAAUCGCAUCUCCAACAUCGCAGAAUGGCACAACUGGAGGCCCACAUUUCACUUUGAGCUUGCCGUCUCGGCUGGUGGCCCCACCGACUCGUUUGAAUGGAUGUCUACACAGCUGACGAGGUCUCUAGAACUUCGGCUUCCAACCGACCCUUAUGCCGAGGUGCAUGACGUGAUGGUCCUGAUCAGGGUCUUUAACAUCUACACCCAACCUGAGUUUCAAUUCUUUGUCAAUCCAUGGGACCUCCUCACUUCAGGACGCAUCCGAUUCGAUAAAGACUGCGUGGUGUCUGCCAUACUGCAGGAAGCUGGCCCGGACUCUGGGGCGCUGGUCUUGUCGAGUGACAGCAACACGGGUCCCAGUGGCCAAUGGACGACACAAGUUUCUCCUCCAAGCAACUACAGCCAAUUUCAAACAACCAUGUCAUGGGAUACAAAGGGCAAAUACUCGUACAAGAGCCUAAACAAGGACGAAAUACGGCUUUUGGUGCUCCUUCCCGGACAAGGUGAGGACCUCCUACGAGGUGUGCUCUACUCUACUCCCUUCGAACAAGCGGGAAGCUAUGCUGCAAUCUCGUACGUUUGGGGGGAACAAACGGUUAAGUACAAGUUGCAUACUCCCGAUGGUACUUUGGGCAUCCACGCCUCUCUAUGUCGGGCUCUUGUUCAUCUAAGGAAGUCUACCGGAGUCACUGUGCUUUGGGCGGAUGGCAUUUGUAUCAACCAGAAUGACAAGGAUGAGAAAUCCCACCAGGUUGGGCUCCUGCCGUACAUCUUCCAGAAUGCCUCGGUUACUGUCGCAAUGAUCGGCUACAACAGCGAGAUGGGCUCUGCCGUGGUGGCAUUGAAAAACUUGAGGGAUACCCAUGUUCAAGAUCCUGAAUCGGCAGAACUGUUGCCGGAAGAUUGGGAACCUAAAUGGGCCUUGAUCGCCGAAGUUUUCAACAACUGCUGGUUCUGA